UACUUUUUUUAUAUACAAUUUCAAAUAUAGCUGAAAAAAAUUAGUUUCUUUGCAAGUUUAAAAUGUGGACGAGGGAAAAAAGCAUCUUGUCUUGAAUAUCCAUGUCAAGACCUGAAAUUUGUCGGCAAGUAAUAAAUAAUUAAAGAUGAUUGAUAUGGUGGCCUUGGUGGCUACACAAUAUAGUAUGUAUAGGCUCUUUCAAAUCUUCUGUAAUAUUAGAAUUUCACAUAGGUGCAUAUGAUUAAAUAAUACAGUAAUCAAAAGAAGGCAGCAACACAGACUAUUUAGCUAUGCCCGUUAUGCAGAACAGCAUAAGCCAAAAAAAAUCCUAGAUAUUCAGGAUGCAAAUACAUGAGCAAAAAGACAAGAUUUGAUGUCAAAGGUAUCCAAUUCAUCAAGUAUUUGAUUGAGGUACAACUGAACGAGGUACAUUGAAAAAAUAUAAGUUCUUCUAUUCUGGAAAUUGGAACAUUCUACGUAGUGCAAGUUUUUUCUAUUAAGUACCCAUUAGUUAAUUUUAUUUAAGUGUAUGGCCAAUACGCAGCCUAGCCAGAGCUGUGUCCCACCACUUGUUACAGUGAUAGAAGGAAGGCCAUAGGAAUAGAUCAUCAAAUAAUAUGCAGUUUGCCACUCAUAAUUCCUAACCAUCUAAUGGUUGCAUAUCACAUUAUGGAUGAUUAUAGAAAUCAGUUUCUGGAAGGUGAAACAAUCGCAAAUCCUCAUCAGCAGCAGCAGUGUUCACAAGAACAACCAACAUGACUGGGUACCCAGCACAAUGCAACUGUUCAACCCAACCAAGACAGUGCUUGUCGAUCCUGAAAGACAUGACCCCGACUGACUCUUACAGUGCCCCGACUGGCCCUCACGGUGCCCCGACUGGCCCUCACGGUGCCCCGACUGGCCCUCACGGUGCCCCGACUGGUCCUCAUGAUGCCCCGACUGGUCCUCAUGAUGCCCCGACUGGCCCUCAUGGUGCCCCGACUGGCAACGAAUUAUCCAGCUACGUCUCUUACGAUCAAGCAGGUGCGCUAUUUCAUCCUUCCAGCAGCAGGAGUCUUAAGACCAGGUCGCAGCCCAUAGAAAGGCGGCCAAUCCCCUUGCCCGAGCGGGUUCUAUGGGCACUACAGAGAAACAUUUUUCCCCAAACCUUUCCCUACGGCGUCCCUGGGCCCCAGCUCGGCCCCCCACACCCUGGGGACAGCCACGCGCGCGUCUCUCACUCCGCUCCUCUUGGCUGGCUCCCUCUCCCCCUCACUAUGACCACCACACCUCAACCUUCUCACACCAUUGUCCGACCCUUGGCACACUCUACACCGGCCGAGCGUCACCAUGGACACCUAGAACCACGUGGUCUGGUCGAGCACGACCAUGAACACCCAGAUCUACUUGGUCUGGCCGACCACAGUCACCUCCUACCACAAGUCAUUAGUGCUGUACUAAUAUCACCUACGACCAACAGCCCAACAUUCCGGUCACCCUUCACAACCAACAGCCCAACAUUCCGGUCACCCUUCACAACCAACUGCCCAACAUUCCGGUCACCCUUCACAACCAACAGCCCAACAUUCCGGUCACCCUUCUCAACCAACAGCCCAACAUUCCGGUCACCCUUCACAACCAACAGUCCAACAUUCUGGUCACCCUUCACAACCAACAGCCCAACAUUCCGGUCACCCUUCACAACCAACAGCCCAACAUUCCGGUCACCCUUCUCAACCAACAGCCCAACAUUCCGGUCACCCUUCUCAACCAACAGCCCAACAUUCCGGCCACCCUUCACAAUCUCUAACACUAUUAUCAGACAGGCCCACACAAUCACUGCACAAUGUCAGCCUUCCGAUACUGAACCAUUCUGGAUAGUGUCAUUCCCAGAUGCACCUUCCAGCCCCCCGGGUCAUCCCCUAAUUAUCCCCUCCUACUGGCCAGAGACUACCAUCGUCAAUCCUCCCACUCCUUCGCCUCUUACACCUUAUGACAGACCCGUGAUAAAUCUUUCUUACUUGCCAGCCGUUAAUCCAUACUCCAGCUUCUCUUCCAUACCCACAGGACGACCACUAACUACACCUUCUUACUGGCCAGCCACUAAUCCAUCAGUCGACACUUCCAUACCCACUGGACGACCACUAACUACACCUUCUUACUGGCCAGCCACUAAUCCAUGA